AUGGUAUCAACUAAAAAGUCAACAACAAAGAAGGAGCAGCAGCAACAACAGCAGCAGCAGGAUUCGUCCAGCGAUUCUGCAAAUACACCGGUUGUGGUGGAGACGACUGCCGUGUUGCCACCGAUCUCACCUUCACUCACCUCACCACUCUCUGCCCUGAAGAAACAAACCACCAGUCUUUCAACAAAGAAGAGGAAGUUCAGUUCAAAGACAUCACCAUCGAUCAAUAGCAAUAAUAACAAUAGCAACAAUGGUAGUUCUGUUGUGGCAUCUCCUUCACCAACACCAUCUCCAGCCUUCACCACCACCAACAACAACAACACAUCAUCAUCAUCAUCGUUGUCCACCCACCACAAUAACAAUAAAACAUCACCGGUCAGAUUAACAGAGUUACUAAAGAUUGGAGAGGAUCUAGAUUCACUGAUAACCAAUCGACAGGCAUUACUCUAUCAACUGAUGUAUCUAGAGCGUGAGCAACACUCGAAUUUGAUGGAUCUCGACAACUUUGAUAUCGAUAGCAUUGAACUCCAGACAUUUUGUAGCGAUAACCAACUUCCUAUCUAUCUAACAUCAAAACAAACGAAAACCAAUCUUAAUCCAACCAUUCCACUACCACCAACAACGACGACAACUCCUAAAAAGUCAGUAGCGACAACAACAACAACAAAAGAAGAAGAAACAACAGAUGAAACAAUAACAACAGAUAUUUCAAAAGAAAUGGAAAAUGAAAAUGAAAAUGAUAAUAGUGAUACAAUGGAUACAACUUCUAAUACAACGGAAACAACGACGACGACGACAACUACAACUACAAAUCAAUCUUUAUUACCAUCAUUACCAUUAUCACCUAUUACAGCUGAAUCGACACCGCUUUCUAGUUCAGACGCCGAUUUGAUGGAGUCGUCUGGUGGUACACCUGUGUCGACAACAUCAAUCUCUGAGACAAGUUCAACUCCACAACCACCCAACAAGAAAAUAAAGCGAAUUUCAACAACAACUACUCCUGUAUCAACAACAUCUUCAAGUAAUAAUCAAGCUGUUGUUUCAACAUCGAACGAAUCAAAUAAUCAAUCGACUGCCAUCACCGCCACAACAGCAUCAGAUUCAACAAACACCAAUCUACCGACAACCACCACCACACCCAACAACAGUGGAACAACAACAGAUACAUCGAUGCCAGUGACCGAACAACAACAACAACAACAAUCACAACAGAAUAUACAACAACAAGAUAAUAACAAGAGAAAUAUAGGUCAAGCACCACCAUCUGUUUAUGCAAAUAUACCGGCAAUGUCACAAGAUGUAUUGGCAAAGGCACAGGAUGACGCCAGAAUUCUUAGACGUAUACACGAACUGCAGGCAAAUGGAAUUUGGAAAAAUAAACAGUUGCACAAGUUGCCGGAACCACCUCGUCCCAAAGUCCACUGGGACUACCUGUUGGAGGAGAUGGCUUUGGUUUCAGAGGAUUUCGCACGAACCAGAAAGUUAAAAACGAGAAUCACCAAACUCUUGGUGAAAGAUGUCAAUAGAUAUCAUUUAGAUGUUCAAACAGCAGAGGAACGUGCCACUCGUGAAGAAGAAGCCAGGAAGCGACGUGUGUCUGCUGCCAUUGCGCGUGAAGUAAAGAGAUUCUGGCAACAGAUUGGCAAACUUAUCACUUACAAAGAUAAGAUGGCACAGGAGUCAGCACUCAAAGUCGAACGUGAGAAACAACUCGAUGAGAUAGUCAACCGUACCGAACAGUUCUCCAAUAUGAUGGCCGAAGGUCUGAGAGAGCGUGCCAAGACACAGGUGACAGAGGUCGAUCGUACUCAUUACUCGCUGAGAGAUAUCUUGGCGGAUCCCGACAAGCUGAGCAAAGUUAUCAACCAGAAUAAAGAUGACGAUGACGAUGAUUCCGAUGAGGAGUAUCAAGAGGAAGACGAUCUGGAGGAAGAUGACGAGUUGGAAGAGGAUGAAGAAGAAGAGGAAGAGGAGGAAGAUCUUGCUUUGUUGGAAGCUGAAAGUUCAAUGCCAAUCGAUGAGUUGAUUGCUGGACAUGUAAAGGAGAUGGAUACCGACAUGAUCGACGAAGAGGAAGAAGAGGAGGCUGCAGAUGACGAUGACAAGUUGGUGUCGCAACCAACUGGUUUCACUCUGAAAACAACCAAAGUGAAGACAAAAGUACCGUUCUUGAUGAAGGGAACUCUUAGAGAGUACCAACAUAUCGGUUUGGAUUGGCUGGUCAGUCUCUAUGAGAAGAAUCUCAAUGGUGUUCUGGCCGAUGAGAUGGGUCUUGGAAAGACCAUACAAACUAUAUCGCUACUUGCCUAUCUGGCGGUUGAGAAGGGUAUUUGGGGACCACAUUUGGUGGUAGUUCCCUCGAGUGUUCUCUUCAAUUGGGAGAUGGAGUUCAAGCGUUGGUGUCCAGCUUUCAAAGUGCUGACAUACCACGGUUCACAAAAGGAGAGAAAAGAGUUGCGUAAGGGUUGGUCCAAAGCAAACUCUUUCCAUGUUUGCAUUGCAUCCUACUCGACGAUCAUCACCGAUCAACUGAUGUUCCGUCGUCGACGUUGGGAAUACAUGAUCCUCGACGAAGCGCAUUCCAUCAAGAAUUUCAAGUCCCAGCGUUGGCAGACAAUGUUGCACUUUAACGCCGCUCGACGUCUGCUCCUCACCGGAACACCGCUCCAGAACAACCUGAUGGAGUUGUGGUCACUCAUGCAUUUCCUGAUGCCCGACAUUUUUGCUUCGCAUCGUGAAUUCUCCGACUGGUUCGCCAAUCCUAUGACUGGCGCCAUCGAAGGUGGCACCGGAAUCAACGACGAACUCGUUGGUCGACUUCACUCUGUGCUCCGUCCAUUCCUGCUGCGUCGUCUCAAGAAAGACGUCGAGAAACAGAUGCCAGGCAAACACACACAUAUCGUGCCAUGCCAGUUGUCGCGUCGCCAACGUUAUCUCUACGAGGAGUUCAUCAACGCGCAGUCCACCCAGACAACACUGGCCACCGGCAACUACUUCUCAAUUGUAAAUAUCCUAAUGCAACUCCGUAAGGUUUGUAAUCAUCCAGAUUUGUAUGAGCCACGUCCAAUUAUCAGUCCAUUCGGCUGCGAUCCUGUGUUCUAUGAGACAAACGGUGUCUUUACUACGGUGCUCGACGACAGUCCAAUCGGCUCGAUCAACCUCGAUCUGCUCAACCUACAGCUGACCGACUACGAGUCGCGACUCUGCUCGAUGGACACCAACUCAAUCAUCGAGCUGACGCCCUCUGACAACAGAAUACGUGAGCUGCCACAUUCACUCUCGAUUAAAGUUUCACUCCCAGGUCCACAGUCCUGUCUUGAUAGUUUUAUUGCCGCGCGCCAAGAGUAUGCCGCUGCUCGCCAGCGCGAAACACUGGAGCGCGCCAUCAUUCUGCGUCGACGUUCCUUUAACAAACCGUUGUACGGUCGUGACUGUAUUGCAUCGGUAACCAUCGCCAACAUGGUUGCCGACAUUCACAAACUCGCCAACGACCCUCGCGAGUAUCUCAACUAUCCCGAUGCUCUACUCAACAUGAUUCUCACACCGACACAACGAGAGCUGGCUAUGCGACCUAUGAUCGAGCAGUUUGUUUGUCUCAUUCCAAAGACACGUGCUCCCCCAAUCCGUCUGAUAGCUUCACACCCCCGACCAUCGAAAUCCAUGGAGGACGAGCGAUUCCAAAGUGGAAUUCUCUCGCUGCGUGACAGCGUCGAUCCACUCCGCGAGUCAUACAAGCGUCAGUCACUCUAUUUCCCAGACAAAAAGCUGAUUCAAUACGACUGUGGAAAGCUCCAGGCAUUGGCCAAGCUGCUGCGUAACUUGAAGACCAACGGACAUCGUGCACUCAUCUUUACACAAUGGACAAGAAUGCUCGAUGUCUUUGAAUCGUUCUUGAAUCUCCAUGGAUACACCUAUCUCAGACUGGACGGUUCCACCAAGGUAGAUCGUCGUCAGUACUUGGCUGAGCGAUUCAACCGUGACAACAAGAUCUUUUUAUUCAUCCUGUCCACUCGUAGUGGUGGUCUCGGACUGAAUUUGACUGGUGCCGACACCGUUAUCUUUUACGACACCGACUGGAAUCCAUCGAUGGAUGCACAGGCACAGGAUCGUUGUCAUCGUAUUGGACAGACAAGAGAGGUCAACAUCUAUCGUUUGAUCACCCAACACACAAUCGAAGAGAACAUCCUUAGAAAGUCGAAUCAGAAGCGUCAGCUCGACGAUGUCGUCAUCCAGGGUGGAGAGUUCACCACUGAUUUCUUUAAGAAUCUCGAUUUCAGUGAGAUCAUAUCGAACAAGAAGAGCAGUAUCACCUCGGCACUCAAGAUGACUCAACAAGAGUGGGAGAAUGCAACAGAGAAAGUCGAAGACGAGUCGGAUGUCGCAGCACUCCGUAGCGCUCAGAAAGAACAAGCCUCAGAGUUCCAAGAGUUUGACGAAGAGAGUGCCGGUGGAGGUAGCUCAGUAACUACACCACCCAUCUCCAACAACAACAACAACAAAGAGGCAUCGAUUGAAUCGAUAUUCGCAGAGGAACUUAAACAACAACAAGAUUUAGUUGAAGAUUAUUUGAAUCCAAUACAAAAGUUUGCGUUGAGGUAUUUGGAAAAUAUUACAACAUAUGUAAAUGAUCCAAUUGAAAAUCAAGAGGAACAAGAAGAAGAAGAUGAAGAGAUGAAAGAUGAACAAGAUGCUGAACCAUCUGUACAGAAGACCAAAGAUAUCGUCUCUGAUAAUGAUGAUUCAGAGCCAGAGAUGGAAGAUAACGAUGCCCUAGAAACCAAUGGAGUCGCGCCCACCAACAAAGAAAGUUUUCGUCCAUCAAAAAAAGGUAAACUAAGUCAUAUAGAGGUUAUAAAACAACCUAAAUCCACAACGAUCGAAGAAGAAGCUGAAAAAGACAUGCUUUUUUUUGAGUUGAGUGGAAUAAAUAGUGAAGAGUUUCAGUCCUCUCUGUUACUUUUUGGUGAGUUACUCGAAGCAUUGCCCGAGCCAGAUGAAGAACAAUGGUAUUUGGCACCAAUGCAAGAACCCAUUCCUGAGAAUCUAUUUGAACAGGUUCUCAAAGAUCAAGACGAGUACUAUCAUCAGCACUACCAUUAUUUAUAUCCACCAUCGCCACCAACCAUUUCUUUUGAAUCGUUCGCCAAGCCGAGUCGAUCAAAACUCAUGAGAGGAAAGAUUAUCAAGCAGACUGCCAAUCAGUAUGUCUAUUCAAAACAAUUUACCAAAGAGAAAGAGAAAGAGAAGAGAAUGCUCAUCAAGAAGAAGAAGGAGAAAGACAAGCGCGAGAAGAUGCGUCUCGAGGAGGAGCGCAAAGCCAAGGAGAAGAAGGAACUCAAAAAGUCGAAGGAGAAGAGUUCACAACUCAACAAGGAGAACAAGAAGAAGAAGGGUGGACUCAACGGAUCCACUGUUGGAACACCUACCAACGGUUCGAGUGGCGCUUCCGACAAGCGUUUACGUCCCGACGAUAUUAUCAUCACCAAUUCUACAGCUGGCGUCAACACCGAUGAAUUCGAGGAGUUGGCAGAGAACGUAGAGAUGAUGAUCAACAGCAACAAGACGUCAUCCGCCGAUUUGGAUCCAAUGGCUAUUGGCGACGACAACAGCGUAGCCGACGGAAGUGGUUCCAAUAAGAAACGUGGUUCCGCCAACAAACAAGGUGGACUAUUCGGAACAUCGAGACUGCUUCGUAAGAGUAAAACAAGUGAGCCAUCUGGGGACGAAGGUACAGGUACACCACUUACACCUGGCGGAUCGAUCGCAGUCGCCGGACAAUCAACUGGCGGCGUCUCCAACGUCCUGCUCACCCAGAUGGAACUACUCCAAGGUCCGCCUUGGUAUCCACAAGAGGACGCCAUCAUAUUGGAUGCUGUACGUACCUACGGACAGAAUUGGGAUCUCGUUGCCUACCUUUUGCAACAAUCGUUGUUUGCGCAGGUUGUUCGAUUCCACCGAUCGAAGCUGCAGUGUGCCGAGCGUUACAAAGCGCUGUUCCCAAAGGAGGCCGGGCUCUCUGGCUCCGAGAAGAAAGUCUCUUCAUCAGAGUCGACCACCCACGAAGGUCCAUUCCCCUACACACUGCUCGAUUGUGUACGCAAGUCGAUAGCUUCCAACAAGUUGAUCUGUCGUCAGGGCACCGUAUCGUUGAUCGAGAACAAAGGUAUUCAUAUGUCACACAACACCAACGUCAUUCAACCCACCUCCAAGACCCCAUCGGAACUUGCACUUCUCUCCACCCAGAGAUUCAUCAAAGAGCGUGCACUCAAACAACAACAACAACAGCAACAAGCAGCUGCACAACGUAUGGCAUCACAAAUACCAUCUUCCAUUGGUAAUAACAAUCCACAACAGCAGCAACAACAACAACAACAACUCGCCAACCAACAACAACAACAACAACUUCCCAAUCAACAACAACUACCAAAUCAGCAGCAACAGCAACAGAUUCCUAUGAAUAUGUCAACUGGCUCUGGAGCAGGAAUAGGUGUGCCAAUGGGUGGAAUGCAACAGCCAAUGAUGAUGCACGGCAAUCAAAUGAAUAUGUCACAGCAAAUUCCAGGUGGAAUGCAGAUCCCCGUAAACCCACCACAAAUGGCCAUUCCCAUUCCACUGCCGCAACAGCAGCAACAGAAUCCAAUGGGUCAGCGAAAUAUGGUAGGUGUCCCAUUGAAUAUGAUGGGUGCAAAAACAACCAUCAUACCAAACAUUCCAAUGCAGAAUCAAGCUUAUCCCAAUCCAAUGAUGACCGCACAACAACAGCAACAACAACAGCAACAGCAGAUGAUGUAUGGCAAUCAGCCAAUGCAACCACAACCACCACAACAAAUGAUUGGUAAGCCACCACCAAACAUCAACAUCAGUGUUACUACAGCACCACAACAACAACAACAACAAUAUGUACAGCAAACACAACAACUCCAACAACCCGAAACUGCUGCAAUGACACAAGUUCCAAUUCAGCAGCCGGUUGUGGCCGUACCAGCACAACCGGUAGUUGCACCUCCUUCAAAACCGACCUCCAAACGUGCCAAAAAAGAUCCUGCUGCACCCAAGACCAAAAAAGCAAAAGCUGCUGCCGCUGCCGCCGCUGCCGCUGCAGCUGCACAAGCCACACCGAUUGCCAUCGCCACACCUCCAACGACCACAUCAGUCUCAACUCCACCUCAAGUAAAUCAACCAUCGAUACAAGCACAGAUACAAAACUUCCAACAACAACAACAGCAACAACAACAACCUCCAAUAUAA